AUGGUGAUUGAGUGGGACCUGGAUGCACCAUUAAGCGAUUUCAUUCCUCUCCACUCUGUGCCUACGGAGUCUUUAUCUGUGGACACGUUUUCACACAAGAACGACGUGUACGUGGCCAUCGCGGCUCCCAACGCAGAGAGCUGCAUGGUGCUCCAAUGGGACCACAUCGAGAUGAACUUCAGGAGUUAUGACAACAUCACAGGUCAGUCUAUUGUUGGCUGUAAGUCUGUGAUUAUCCAGAACCAAGUCUUUGUCAUUGUUGCUCAACUCUUUGGUGGUUCCCACAUCUAUAAGUUUGAUGAAGACCAAAGCAAGUUCACAAAGUUCCAGGACAUUGAGGUAUCAAAGAUUUCCAAGCCGAAUGACAUUGAGGCCUUUCAGAUUGGCAAUGACUGGUUCUUCAUCAUCGCUGACAGCUCUAAGGCUGGUCUGUCCACUCUUUACAAAUGGAGCGACAAGGGCUUCUACUCUUACCAGUCCCUUCAUGAAUGGUUUCGUGAUACAGAUGCAGAGUUUGUCAGUUUGGAUGGUAAGGCCCAUCUUAUCCUAGCAAGUCGUUCCCAAGUACCUGUCAUCUAUCAGUGGAGCAGGAGCACUCAGAAAUUUGCCUUGCAGGGUGAGAUCCCUAACAUGGAAGAUGUAGUUGCUGUCAAGGCCUUUUGGAUAAAGGAGGAUCUUUAUCUGGCCAUGACCCGUUACAUCGGUGAUUCCAAAGUCUUGCAUUGGACUGCUAAGGUGUUUUCUGAGGUUCAGGCCCUUCCUUCAAGAGGCUCCAUGAUCCUGCAGCCUUUUUCCUUCAAAGAAAGGUACUACCUGGCUCUGGGAAGUGACUACACCUUCUCGCAGAUCUAUCUGUGGGAUGCUGAGAAGAAGGUUUUUGAGCGUUUCAAGGAAGUCUACAUCCAGGCUCCACGUUCCUUCACCGUGGUCUCCACUGACCGGAGGGACUUCAUAUUUGCCUCAAGUUUUAAGGGCAACACACAGAUCUACGAGCAUAUCAUCAUUGAUCUGAGCCUUUGAGUGCUAUUCUGGAUACAGUUGCAAUUAAGGCACGUCUACUCAGCAGCAACCCCUCCUUCGGCAGUUGGGCAUUUUUCUGGGCAAUACAAUUAGUGGGUUUUGGGAUGAGGGAGUUCUGGUAAGCAAAUGUAAUAUGGCAUUAUCAGGUUCAUAGUAGAAUAAGUAUUACGUCAUGCAUCUGUGUAGUUUUACAUAGAUUCUGGGAAGGCCCUGACAGUUUUUGUUUUACUCCUCAGCCCUGCUGAAUCAGAGGACAUUUCUGCCGAAAGUAUGGUGCAUGGACUGCAGAAAACAGUUGCACUUGUCACCUGUAACUACCUAAAUCACUUUACAUAAUGAGUACCUUUGAGAGCCUUUCAAAUCUCUGUAUGCAACAGCUGAUAACAUGCAUGAUGUGGCUGCAACAACAUUGAAAAAAAAUACAAUUUUCAGAGCAGGCAUGCAGAUCAACUAGUGAUACAGGUGACAAAUGCAGUCCUAUUACCUUUAGAGACAUCAAAGAAUAUUUUUACCUCAUUGUUCAAUAUUGAAAUCAUAUCUCUCGUUUAGUCAAUGGAAAAAGAUGUGAUGUCAAGUAAUUUAAAAUGAUUCGCCUCAUAUUAUAUUUAUUAGGAUCUCUUCAGAUUGAAACAAAUCAACUUAAAUUUCAGUUGUGUGGUCAUUAGGCAGAAAUGUGGGUUUAUGUGGUUGGGUGUAUUGAAUUCAAGAAUGAAGCCUUUUGUGAAUGGAAAAGAUAAUCUA